AUGCGGCCGAGCCUCUUCCGUACGGCAAAAAGGGUAAGUGCACGAGGGGCGGUCCAACAUAAUAGAACUGGGCAGAAUAGAACCGCGACAUAAUAGAACUGCGCAGAAUAGAACUGUCUUUGUGUAUUUAUAUGAGCAUUUUGUCUGUUCCUUUCAAUUAACUUUCGCAAAAUUUUUCGUCUCUUGAACAAUUAAGCAGAAGACCACAGUUUAAACGUAGAAAAUUGAUUUCCUUUCGUUUUUGAUAGUACAAUAAAAUUAUUUUCUGUGGGUUUUCGUUACCAUAGAGAAGAAGGAUCACGACGGAAGUGAAAUUAAUGAAUGCAAUAAAUCGAUCACGAGAUUCAAAAAUUAUCUUUUUCUACGAAACAAUUAUUCUACAGAAAGGUUUUAAAAGGCGCUCCAAACAGUUAUAUUGUGGCCGGUUCUAUUGUGUCGUGGUUCUAUUCUGCGCAGUUCUAUUCUGCCCGGUUAUAUUAUGUCGCGGUUCUAUUAUAUAGCGGUUCUAUUCUGCCCAGUUCUGUUAUGUUGGACCGCCGCACGAGGGAUUCCGAUGAUUCCGACUGCUUUCAGAUGGUCGGAAACUUGUACAUCGGAGCGAAUGUGAAACAGAGAGCUCAGUUGGGAGAGAAUUAUUUGGGCGGAGCGGAAGUGGUCGCCGUGCACGGAACGAAGAACAUCGGAAUCGUCGCCGCGAUUCUGAAGGACCACGGAGCGGCGAUCAGGGAGUUCCGAAUCGGAUCGCAUUCAUUGGCAGAAAUGGCAAACGCUGUCAGGUUAGGAUAAUGUAUCUUCUUUUUUUUACUUUUCAAUGUAUUACGUGAGAUUUUGUGAAAAUUUCAGUCGACUCUCUGUGCAAAAGUUGUUUAGAAUCUGUGCAAAAGUUGCUGCUUUUGUCGAGCCGUCUUUCGCUAUUUUUCUAGUCCUUUACAAUCCUAAGACUGAACAUUGUUGCGAUCAGAAGCGAAGGAUUAAUUUCAGAGAAGCAGACAUUCUUCUCGACGGAGUGCAGCGAGGCGGAGAGAUCGAAGAGGCGGCCGCGUCGAAUGCGAAACUGAUCGUGGCGGAGUGUGACUGUGAGUGGCGAGAUUACUGCAGAAAAUGGACGAGAUCUAUUCCCGUUUUAGGCGAAGAUCCGUUUUCGGCAAUGAGCGCCGUGGCGAGAAUCUCGAUGGCAAUGGCGGUGCGAGAGCGGACUGCUCACGGCCAGAGACUGAUUGCGACGGACUGCCUCGACUACUGGAGAGCUCUGAACAAGCAGGGAAGGAAGUGUCCGUUUUGA